AUGGCUGAAACUAGUGAUGAACCGCUGCGAGCUACCUAUACACCAGCUAGACCGCCCUGGAUCGGUUACUGGAACAAACGUUGGAAUCAACGUGACCAAAGUAAGUCACGUAAAGUAUGGUGGACCGAAUUAGGCUGGACAGAUUCAGCAACGGAAAGUGGCAAAAUGUGUUUUGCUGGGCCACAGCUAAGGGAACAUGAUCCGGAAUAUUAUGAUCCUAAAGUGCCUGAUGGAACUUCUCUUGCGGGUCCGAUGGGUCUCGAUUCAACAAGAUACCCUAAUUUAACACGGAAAGGUGAUCAGCCAGGGAAUUAUGAAGAAUUUAUGAAUAAGCUGUACAAGAGUUCCACGCAGUACAAAGAUAUCGCCGCAAAAUAUGAGUUAACUGAAGGACCAUGGCCUCAUCACAAGGGUUUGAAAGUAAUGCGCGCCAACAACAACUAUCAUGAAUUUCUGGCCAGGUAUAAAACAUCAUGGUGGAUGCCGAAAUUAUUUCGAUUCUUCAAUUCUCCGCUUAACGAGGAUCCUAUCAUAAAGGGAUUAGCUUGUGCACAGUAUACGGCUUUCCUUUUGAUCCCCUACACUGGGUUGCAUAUUCGAGGUCAUAAUAUACUUCCUGUGCCAGUUACUCCGCUCUCAAUACUGAAGACAUAUUUUAAGCUUCUACCGACUCCAGCUACAUUGGCUUUCACGUGGGGUAUAACACUGAGCGGUGCAGCAAUGAUAAGACACAAAGACGAUUUCAUGAACCACCUCUAUGCAUCUACUGCAUCAGGGAUCGUUUUUGCAACAAUGAGAGAUAAUUUCCUUGCUGGCUUUUCAUUGGGUUUCAUUGUAUACAUUACUGGGUUAUGCUGGCAGUACAUGAGAGUGUCAGAAUGGAGUUUACAAAACAAGGUUAUACAUCGCAAAUCUGGAAGUUUCUAUGGUGGACCACUCGUCUGGAAACUAAAAUGGAAAGGUGGAGAAGAGGAAAUACCGACCAAGAAAUGGUGA